GACAAUGCUAUUUUUGAUUUGCAUUUUGAAAAUGAUAUCUACACUUUGGAGGCCUAUAGUACGGCAUCUAAAUAUGCGUUUCUCCGUUGCAUACGUGAGAUGAGUGAGGAAUACCUUCAGCGUGACCUUCAAUGGCAGAAUUUUGACCAUGACUUUGUUGGUAACAGCAACUCUUUUUUGGUCAUAGAUGACAUAAUGCUAUCCCUGAGACUCUGCAUUGAAGCAAUAAGCUUUGGUUGCCUUUUCAGUUGUUUCUAA